AUGCUGAUUUGCUAACACUGUAAGAAAUUCUACAACCUUCAAGAGAGGAAGCCAUUCCUAUUAUCAUGUGGAGAUAUUCUGUGCACGUAAUGCUAUAAUAAUCAAAAAGAUUAAGUCUAAAAUCUACAAAUUUAAUGCCCCUUUGAUGAAAAACAUCUCUGUCCUGUUGAUUAGCAAAUUAUUGAACCUAUGUAUCUGAUCAGAAUACUUAAAAACAAUGAUUUUUUUUGCAUUAAUUGUGACAUUCAUUCUCAAGAAAAUGCUAAUAUCUACUGCUAAAAUCAGCAUCAAUUAAUUUGCAACUAUUGCUGGGUCAAAGAUGCGAAUAAAAAGAUUGUUAAUGAUCAUACUUAAUAUUUAAACUUUGAAAGGAUCUUUUUGGAUGAGGCAUUUGACAAGAUGAUUCCUAUCUUGAAACUAGAGAUUGACAAAUUCUAAUAAAAAAGCUUCAAUGAAAAACACUAGAAAAUUAUCUAAGAAGAUGCCUAAUUGAAAAUUGAACAAGAUAAAAGAAAACACUUUGAUUUAUAAAAGCUAGAUUAAAUAGUGGUCAUACCUUUCAAUAUUGACAAAUUAUACCAUAACAUGUAUUUAGAAUUCAGAAGACUUGUAAAUGAGCAGGUUAAUAAUCUACUUAGAAUUUCAAAUAACAACACUCUUCUUACCAAUAAGCUAAGAAAUGAGCAAAAAGAUGUGAAAUUGAUCUAUCAGGCUUCAAGAGAUGGGUUCAAAGCAAUUGAUUUCCAUAGUCGUUGUGAUAAUAAAGGGCCAACAAUUUCUUUCGUUUUAAGUAUUUUCGGAAAAACUUUUGGAGGCUAUACGCCGAUUCCUUGGACUUCUCCAUAAAAUAGUUAAAUGAUUAGAAACGAUGAUUCCUUCCUUUUUUCACUCACUAAGAAUGCUUUGUAUCAACAAAAUCAAUACUUUGAUUGCUAUGUAACCCAUAAGAAAGAAUAAUUAAUGAUAUUUGGAAAGGAAGCUGGUAUCAAUAUUUAAAAUGAUUGCAAUUAACAAUUUAAUUAGUGCAUUAUGAGUUAAAAACAAAUAGAUGACUAAGGUGCUUGGAUAGCAUAGUUGGGUGAAAAUGAUAAUAUAGCAGGAUACUCAAGAUUUAAGGUGGUUGACUUAGAAGUUUAUCAAGUAAUAUUCUGA